CUCUCUCUCUCUCUCUCUCUCUCUCUCUCUCUCUCUCAUCUCUUGCUUCUCUCCCUCUACAUCCUCCCCUCCCCCACUGCUGCCUCUCAUUUUCUACCUCUCUCUCCGUUUCAUUUCACUCACUCACUCGCUCGCUCAGUCAUUCGCUCACUCCCCUCCCUGGCCUGUUCUCUUUACCUCCUCCCCUCCCUCCCCCUUCAAUCCCUUUUUCAUUCCAUGCAAUCAUCUGUUCUCUCCCUCUCUCUCUCUUUUACUCUAUUACGCCCCCAUUUUGUCCUCUGCUGUUCCCCCCCUCUCCUCCAUGUUCUCUCUUUCCUGUUGUUUACCACACUGCGAUUGACGUUUAUCAUACAAACUUUAUUUUAUUCCUACAAAUACCAACAGAAUGUCGAACCCACACCACUUUUCAUCAAUGCACCUUGGAUUUGUGAUAUUUACUGGCCUUUACUGGCCAUUAGCAGUAACCUGAAUAUAAUCCGGUUCUAUUCACCCUCACACUGACUCCUUAAAAUCAACAAGUGGUCAACCUGCUGAGCUUCACCAAAAAAGCCCUGAUGAUUACACUUUAUGAAUCUAAUCCAUGUGUUUAGAACCUCUUUGCCAAGGUUCUGUUAUUACAGCAGACAGAUGAGGUGAUCCACGGUUCUGAGCCAACAUGGCUGCCGGGCUGAUCGCUGGUUCUGGCUCCACCGUUGAUGCUUUACUCUCCUCUUUGUUUUGGGUAAAAAUAUCUUGCUCAUAUUGCUGACCUUGCUGCAGUACUUCACCGCCUCCUGCAGUCCUGCAUAGAGCCCUGUCACUGCUUAGGAUUAAACCAAGCGUUGCUGAGCUUCGUUAAAAACAUUUAUGUUCCUGUUUGACACACGUGGUUAAAGCACGUCAACAUCUGCUGUCACAGUGAACCAACAACGGACUCGUCUCUGCUCUUUGAUUGUUUGAAUGGAGCUGCUUCCUCCUCAUCGUGUUCCAGUUGGACCUGCGUCGCUCUGUGGUUCCCAGCUUCCGUUGCCUGUUUGGCGGGAUGUGCUCGACCUUUGCCACCUUUUGACGCCCCGUCAUCGUCUCUCGUUUCAGGAGAUGAGGUGGAAGUUGUUGAGCGUCUUUCACUGAGCACCACAGCAUCUUCAUUAAACCCUGAACUCUAGUCUGUUUCCUCCUUCAUCCAUCAUUCCUUCUUCUUCUUUUACCGCAUUCUGCACCCCCCCCCCCCCCCCUCAUCUCUCCUUCUCCCCCUCCCUGUCUUUUCCUCCAGUCUUCUUUCCUUCCACUCCCUCCUCCUCUGUCUCUCUCCUCCAUUCGCUCGUCUCGUCAUCAGUCACCUUCCAUUUCUUUCUCUUCUCGUCAGUACAUGAAACCAUCAUCCACCACUUUCCUUACUCUUAAUUCUUGCUGGAUAAAACUCGGAGGUGGAGGAGUAAAGAUGAGCAGAUGUGGUGGUUCCACUGGUCCAAACUGGGUUUUUGUUACGAGGACUUUGCUCCUUUAUUCUGCAUCUGUCUUUGUGUCUGAAGAACAUUUCUGUUUAUCAUGACGUGACAUAAAGUCACUAUCGACACCAGAAGAAGACGACGAAGCGUCUGAAAGGCGGGUCGGCGUCUGGAGGCGGGCCGUGUUGGCCCCGCCCCCUCAGCCCUCGCGUAUAAGUAUGGGCGAACGCAGCCUGCUCUCACUCAACGCGCGCUAAAGAAUGAGAUCCUUAAAGCACCUGAAGCCUCACAGCAGGAGGAGCGUGGAGGAGGCGAGCCGGCGCCUGGGUAGAUGUGAGCCCAAGGUAAUGGCCCGGCUGGUGGACACAGGCACACAGACAGAUCCGGUAGUUGUGCUGUCCUUGGCCCAGGCCGCCGUGCUAGGUCUCAUAUCACAGAAUGAAGUGUUUGGAGCUACCAUCGCACCCAACGGCUUCUACACCGGCGAACCCAAAGAGUCCCCAGCGCCCCCAGUAGACGGAGUCGACUACGAGUACGCGGAGCAGCUUAUCGGAGCCAACGGAGACUAUCUAGGAGACAACUUGGGAGAAGACGGCCAGAUGCAACCCAGCUGCAGCCAGAGGAGGUGGCAGCAGGCGCCGCCUCAGCAUCCAGACGCCAAGAUGGUCCUUCCCGACCGCCACGGCCUUCAGGGCGGCGACGUGUCCACCUCCCACGUGAAGGGGGAAGGCGUGAACUCUGCGCUGUCCUCCUGUGUCCACAUGCUGAACAAUAUGGCUCCCAGAGGCGGUUUGGUGCAAGUGGACCCGGCCACACUCAGAGGCACCAACAAGAACUGUGCAGAGUGUGAGCGGGAGGCGACCAACCAGCAGCAGGCCACCGCCCACGCUCACCCCCCGGCCCCGCAGGUGGCCCACAGGGCCGCAGAGGCCCACAGAGGGCUGCAGGGCCAGCGCCCGAUGGGGGCCCACGGGCGAGGGGGCCGGGAGGACGAGGACGAGGCGGAGCACCAGGCGAACAACAUGAUGAAGCCCACGCAGCAAGAGGAAGCCAUCAGCAGCUACUUCCAGACCAGCGAGGUGGGCAGCUACGACUCGGGGGAGAUGGGCAUGGGAGGCGAGUACGAGGACGGCAGCCAGAGCAUGAUGUGGACCGACAGCGGCGGGGCGGCACAGCACCAGCAGCCUCCCAACCCGCAGCCGCCUCGCCGGCACGGCGGCCGCAGGGUGGACCGGCUGGACAUCAACAUCCAGAUCGACGAGUCCUACUGUGUGGAUGUGGGGGAUGGGCUGAAGCGCUGGAAGUGCCGCAUGUGCGAGAAGUCCUACACUUCCAAGUACAACCUGGUCACGCACAUCCUGGGCCACAACGGCAUCAAACCGCACGCCUGUCCGCACUGCGGCAAGCUCUUCAAGCAGCCCAGCCACCUCCAGACCCACCUGCUCACCCACCAGGGCACGCGGCCCCACAAGUGCACCGUGUGCAAGAAGGGCUUCACCCAGACCAGCCACCUGAAGCGCCACAUGCUCCAGCACACCGACGUCAAGCCCUACAGCUGCCGCUUCUGCCGCCGCGGCUUCGCCUACCCCAGUGAGCUGAGGGCGCACGAGGUGAAGCACGAGCGCGGCCGCUGCCACGUGUGCUCCCAGUGCGGCAUGGAGUUCCCCACCUACGCCCACCUCAAGCGCCACCAGACCAGCCACCAGGGCCCCCACACCUUCCAGUGCACAGAGUGCAACAAGUCGUUCGCCUACCGGAGCCAGCUCCAGAACCACCUGCUGAAGCACCAGAGCCCGAGGCCAUACACCUGCUCCCAGUGCGGCCUGGAGUUUGUGCAGCUCCACCACCUACGUCAGCACUCGCUCACCCAUAAGGGCAGAGAGAGGACGAGUAACGAUGGUUCACAUGACGUGGCCAAAGAAAUCAUCGUCAUCUCGCAGACAGGCAUGAAAGGACACAAGUGCGACGUGUGCUCGCGGGAGUUCACCCUCUCGGCCAACCUGAAGCGGCACAUGCUCAUCCACAACAGCGUCAGGCCGUUCCAGUGUCACGUCUGCUUCAAGAGCUUCAUCCAGAAACAGACGCUCAAGACCCACAUGAUCGUCCACCUGCCCGUGAAGCCGUUCAAAUGCAAGGUUUGCGGCAAGUCCUUCAACAGAAUGUACAACCUUCUGGGCCACAUGCACCUCCACGCCGGCAGUAAGCCCUUCAAGUGUCCGUACUGCACCAGUAAGUUCAACCUGAAGGGGAACCUGAGCCGGCACAUGAAGGUCAAGCACGGAAUGGACGUGUCACCGGAAGGACAAGAAGUCCUUCCAGAAAUGGAAAACCAGGGGGACUAUGAAGGACAGAACUUCAGCUUCACGUCGCCGGACAACAUGGACAACAGCGGCUCCCAGAACCUCACCAAGCUCACUACAGCCAACAUGGAGGACAUGGAGGAGUACUACAACUUUGGAAAGGAUACCAGCAACUACACUACACCUUAAGGAGACACGCCGACGCUUUGAGGUUCGUCCCAACUGACGGACUCUGGUGGAACCAGCAGGAAGACGCUCCAGCUCUGUUGGCCACUGUUGAACGUCUAAAGUUCCGUUUGUGGGAUAACAACACUAACAGUCGAGUAUCAGCGAUCUGAAAAGAAAAGCCUGCGUCGGUUAGGAUCCUAACCAAGCCUCCACCUCCACUAUAUACUCACUGUAUAUCCAACUUUUGAUACGUAGCCACAACAUAGUCACAUGUUCCUAAUAGCCUCUAUGUUUCUACCGUUUCAGUAAGUUGUGCUUUUUGCACAGGACAACGUAGCUUUUUUUCUUACAGGGCACUUAACUACUACGUGCUGCAAGUCCGAGCGUCGGCUGAGUCGCCCUCUCUGUACAAAUGAUUCUGGAAUCAUUGGAUCCAUGUAGUGAACAUCCUGCUCCAGAGUUGAAUUUCCAACUGAACUAAACAAAGCACUUUUCUAGAGAAUGUCACUUUUCUGUGAAGCCUGGACCCUUUGCCUUGUGGAGAAGAGCUGGGGCAGAAGACCAGAGUCUGAACCCCUGAUGGCAAUAUUAUUAAACACAAACAUGCGUGUUCAGUUAGUUUUCAUCCUAGACUUCCUUCAGUCAGUUCACAAAACGCAUAUGAUGAGUCAGCAGGUUGAGUUUAGCAUCUUACGUCUGAGACUGUUUUCACUUUACUGUCAGUUCAACGCAUUUAGAGAAAUGUCACCUUUUCCAGGGGAAGAAGACUCGACGCGUUGAAUCCCAUCUGAGCUUGGUUGAAAUGAAGUGGACCGACGCCGGUCCCGCUGUUGGUCGGCUCCCCGUCCUGCCGUGCAGGUCAGCCUCCACAUGCACAAUAAACCAGACGGAUGGUCCACUAGUUCCUCUUCCCACGAGGAAUAUGAUGCUGAGACCUCAUGGAGAUUGACCAUGAAUUAUUUAAUAAAGCUCCUCUAGUUUAAA